AAAGAAGAACGGACUUGACAGUAAACUCAUAUUCAGUGAGAGCCAACGACUGUGGACAUAAGUGUCUUGGAGUGGAGUAUAUAUUUCACCGUUCGGAAUAAUCGAAAUAAUAUAAUCGCUCACUAACUGCCAAACUAUGCCUGUAUCCAGAAUGCGCAUGAGACCCUGGCUUGAGAACCAGAUCGACUCCAAUUCCAUCGAUGGUUUGAUGUGGAUAAAUAAGGAUAAGUUGAUGUUUUCCAUUCCCUGGAAGCAUGCUGCUCGUCAUGGUUGGCAGAUGGACAAGGAUGCCUGCCUUUUCAAGAAGUGGGCCAUCCACACCGGUAAAUUCAGACCUGGUGUGACUAAACCAGACCCUAAGACAUGGAAGGCCAAUUUCCGCUGUGCCAUGAACUCCCUCCCUGACAUCGAGGAGGUGAAAGACCAAAGCAUCAACAAAGGAUGUGGCGCUGUGCGAGUCUACCGAAUGCUCCCGGAAGUGUCCAAAAAGAAAGACAAAAGGUCCAAAUCAAGAGACGGGAAGAAAAAGACUAAGGAUACAACAAAAGUCAAGAGAGAGGACAGGGAUAUGUGUGCGGGACAUCCUACCAGAGACAGAAGUCCUUUCACAAGCAUGGAGGAUGAUUCACUGACUCAGGAGAACACAAUAGACAGCACUGAUGAUAUAGAACUUCCUUCCCGUCCAUGUAUGGAUGAUGCAGGAGUACCAGACUUUUCAUCAUCGGUGGAGAUUGGCCCUGACAGCACAAAUGACUGGAGUUUAUCUUUCCAAGUUUCCCCACAGCACUCAAUAGGUUAUGACGAUGAUGUCAUUGGGAUCUCCCAACAACUGGAGCGCGAUCCAUCGCAGUGGUUUCCUAGCGAUGUUAAUGGGAGGGGUUUCCUGAGCAAUGAAGUAGGCACUACAACAGAGUCUCACCAGAGUCCUCAGAGCCAGUGGAGUGAUGCAUCAGAUGACAGAUCAGUUGAACUCCAGCUCGUCACAGAACUAGUGUCUGACUGGUCACAACAGGCGCUACUGAGCGAAGAGCAGCCCAGUUAUGGGGAAAUGUGGUCAUCGAACAUCUUCAACACACUGACAGUCUGUUAGCUUUUAAUCAUGGCUUCAGCACUAACCACCUGAGUACAGCACUGUGACCUAAUUAAUACUUGGUGAAAGUUUGACUUUAACUGAGCUGAAAAAUGAUGUACCUGAAUGGAAACACCUUGUGAAGUUAUUCAAGCUCAACAAUCUCCUCUACUGUGAAGAUGCCACAGUGUCCGUUUCAGGUGAAAAUAAUAUUUGUAAAGUCUCUGGGUGUGAGGUGUCAUGUAAAUUGUAAAUAUGUAAAUGUUUUAUUUUUUCAAAAUAAAAAACAAAAUCUGUA